CCUGGGGGUCCCGUCGUGGUCUGGCACUCCUCCGGCCGGGGCUCGGCCAUGGCGUCCCGGGGGCCGGCCUCGCCCCGCCGUUUGCUCGGCUGCUCUGUGGCCGCUCCGCUAACCGGGAGCGGACGGAGCGAACGCCGGAACGUAACGGCGGAAGCCGAGCCUUGUCACAGACCAAGAGGAAGCCAUGGUGUGCAUUCCCUGUAUUGUCAUUCCGGUUCUCCUCUGGGUCUACAAGAAAUUCCUUGAACCGUAUAUUUAUCCCGUUAUCGCACCUUUCAUUAAGCGUGUAUGGCCCAAGAAAGCUGUGCAAGAAACGACAGCCACAAAACAAGGUCAAGGAGGCAGCGCUGGAAAUCCACGGGCACCUUCAGCUACGAAAAGAGAUCAGGAGGAUGAGACUGAAAUUUAUAAAUUUGAAAGCAAUGGUGUUGCAAAUGGAAUUGCUGCAAAGAAAUCCACAGAAGUUUCUGACAAGAAGAUGGAUUAAAGGAAUUCAUUCAUAAGGAUUUUAUUCCCUUGUGUCCAAUGUGAACUGGUGAUAACCCCUUAUACUUACAGGAGAGGGUCUCUCUUGCCACUAAAAUGGCAGCUAGCACAUUUCUUAAUUUAAAAUGUUUGAAAUCUGAAGUUCUUUAUUUUCUGCAGUGGAACUACUUUCCAUCUAUAAUCUAUUUGGUGUGAUCAGAGUUUAGGUUAAAUAACUUAUGAAUAAAUCUAGCUUUGGAUGGUAAAUGUUAUCUUAGCAUCUUAGUUUCACUAACUGCUAGUGCAAUACUUAAGGCUUUCACCUUAAAAGCUAUAGCUGCUGUUGACCUUGCUUAAGAACUAUGAAUUGCAUUGUGGCAACGUAAGCAUCGUGGUUAAACUAUGAAGAAUACAGAUUUUUCACAUCAAAUCUAUGGAUGAGCUAAAGGAAUUAUGCUAUGUGCAAAAUUUACUUACUAAAAACAAAGUCUUGAUUUAAUACUUCUGUUAAUAAUUUUUUCCUUGAAACAUUGUGCCUUUCUUUCCUGAAGAGGAGCAGCAGGGGCAUGAUGCAAGAGAAUUGUUGCAUUAUAUUCUGUUACAGUGGUUUAAAAUGGUGCAGUUCUGCCUUUAAAAAAAAAUCCAACUAAAAUCUCUUUAACAUGUUUGUGUAAUUUGAAUUAUAAUAAACCAGGAUUUUAUUUAAAAAUAAGUUGCUUCAUGCAGUUGUUUGUAGGCUUCUGAGCUAUAAAUAUCUAAAGUGGUAAUAAAAUGUUGGAAAAUGUGUAAACAGGCCCCAGGCGGGAGGAGGUCAUAAAACUACAGACUUCAUGCUAAAGAAAUGGAUCUCAGCAAGUCCAGCUUUGCCUCCUCCAGAAGAUGCAUUCUAAUACUGACUUCCAUCCCAACAUGGUAGUGCAAUUUUGAAGCAUUUUAGAUGUCCCUGUGCUUAGUCAGGAGUAGAAGUGAUAAUUCAUGCUUUGUCCUCUCUACCAAGCUAGAGCACUUUUUAAGAUUCCAAACAAAAGCAUUCCAGCAAUUUUGAAUUGCUAUUUAGGAUUUUCCAUUUUUCCAAAAUAUCUUUGUAUGUAUGCAGUGCUUGAGCCAUCACUGAGGUCCAGUCUUGUUCUUACGAUCAUGUUUUCUCCUACCAGAUACUAAUUACCCCAAAGCCUUGCUCGAUGUCUGUCAGAUGCCUCUGGUGAUGUGUAUUGUUUCCUACCACCACCCAGUUUUGUCAGGUCUUGUGUGAAUUGAUCUACAAUGUUCACAGCUGGAUAUUGGACCCUUGUUGCUACAACCAUUACUUCUGUAAUGAGUUGAAUCACAGAAAACUCCUUGUACAGCAUUGCCUAAUAUUGUUUACUCUCCCUUAAUGAGCUAGUCUAUUAGGAAGUGAAUUCGGUAUUACUGUUAAUCAGCUUUUGCAUCAUCUUUGGAACAUAAUCCGCCAUCUGAUCAGUGUAUCACAGAUACAGCUUUCUCCUAGACUGGUAAAGCACCUACCCUUUGUGAUAUUAAAACCUGGUUUUAUUAUUCUGAGCAUGCACGUGUGGUAUAAUUCAUACAAUAAAAGAUAACAAUACUAACUGUG